CUGUGCUUCCUAGCCAUCCUCAAUAUGCAUCAAAAGAACUGGGGUAUCUUCAUCUUAAAGUCACCAAAGCGACUGUCACGGGGAAUUGAAAUCUAGUUGCGACGUUUUGGGUGAGAGGGUUAGGUAAACGAUCCCUUCGUUUCCAUUUCUUACUCUAAGAGCUUCAUAUCCUUCAUAGCCUCUUCUUAAUCCACAUUCAUUCAUGAGCAAAUAGCUCGGCAAGAUCCCCACAUCAACCCUAAAUCUUUACUCACUUGGCACUUCUUGGAGUAUCUUCGGAUGAGUUGGUUGAGGGCUCACGUCGAUCCACAUACUGUUAAGACGAACCUUAAUUCUAAGACACUGUCAUGUCUGGGCUCGCCGACAACAACAAUCUUCCACGUAACCAAGAUGUAGGGCCCGUCCUCAUGGCUGUAACUGGAAUCUUCGCCGGUCUGGUCCUCAUAACAACCUCUUGUCGAGUAUACGUUCGUAUCAUGAGCCGCGUCUUUGGCUGGGACGAUGCAAUGAUAUUAGUCACUGUCGCCUUUGCACUCGCAAGACUGGCUGUCGAAAUCAAGCAGUCACAACAUGGGAAUGGGAAGCACAGAGUUUAUCUUUCGACGUACGACUAUAUGAUGAUUAACAUGUGGGGAUGGUAUGCUCAGGUCUUCCUGUUCGCGGCAGUCGCAUGCUUGAAGGUCUCAAUCGGUUUCCUGAUCCUUCGCAUUAAAGAUACCAAGACGUUCAAGAUCUUGGUUUAUACGUUAAUGGCUGGAGUGUGCUUCACCAACUUUGGAGUUGUGAUCAUUUUGUUGGCUGAAUGCAAACCCGCUGGAUUCUGGAGGGGCAGUGCUGCGAAAUGUUGGCCAGAUAAGAUCCGCAUAUAUUCUAUUUAUGCCACAAUAGCUUUCUCGGUCACAACAGAUCUCUUUCUAUCGAUCCUUCCACUCUUCAUCGUUUGGCGAGUACGAAUACCAUUGCGAACCAAAAUUUCAGUGUGCUGCUUGAUGAGCUUAGGCCUCUUGGCCACUGGCUUUGGCAUCGCCCGAGCAGCUUCUCUCAGUAUAAUGACAACUGAUCUUAGCUGGAUGUACUGUAUUGCGGCACUUUGGUCCAACCUGGAAUUGUUCCUCGGCAUUGUUUGCGCCAAUCUUGCCAUCGCUCGAUCUACCUACAGCUAUAUCUUUGGUCGUAAAGAAACGCCGCAAAACGACUCUUACCAUAGUCCUUCAUCGCCAGUGCCGUCUUCACAUUCAAGGUUCACGAAUAGGAAGCCUUCUAGAGAUGAAUUCGAAACCAGGAAAACUGCAGAAGAAUCGAGAUUCAGAGCCCCAUCGGAGUCUAGGAGCGCCCGUAGCGAUAUUCCAUUGGUCAUACAGAAGACGGCUGAAUUUGAAAUAUCUUUUGAGGAAGAGGAGAUGAAAAUUGAUCGCCAAGGAGGCUGAAGUCAAAUUCAGCAUCAUCAAUGAUUCAAAACCAUAUGGGAAUGCCAUGACGCAUUUACCAACUCAGAGUGGUACUGGCCCGACAUCAUGAGCAAAACAUGAUUGCAAAGUCAUUGCGCGGAGGCUACCAUCCAGAUUACAACAGAGAAGUACAGAGCCUUACGAUCAUCAGCAUUUUGGGAACGCUAAGGCUGUUUGAGGGAGAAGAACCAGUCGAGUUAAUAAAAUAAGAAAAAUCUACGAUAAGGAAAGGAGACAAAUGGGCACCAGAGCUGUUGUUCUGGCUAGCGUCUGAUCGAAUCAUUUUUGCCCUGGGGAAAUAGUCUCAGGUGCAAGAGAGAAUGAAUAUAAGUUGGGUGGAUGAAGACCAGGCACAGAGACCUGAAUCGUCUGAAAACCCUGAAUCUGUAGCGAAACCAGCGCGAAUAGCGCAUAUUGCGCCGAACGCGCUG